AACAUAACUUAUCCUCCUCUCUUUGGACGACAGGCCACAGUAGAGGCGGCCAUGGUUGAGACGAACGCCGGUGGCGGUGAUGCCGUUCAGGCUAGCGCUACAUCGCCAACACCAGAGCACGCACCCAUAUCACACUCGGAAAACGCUGUACAAGACUACCCACAGCCAAAUUUGAACCCGGAGCUAUUCGUCGUCGCCAGUAGGGACCCGGUUGUCGAGGCGGCUGGCAAGAAAGGCGAAGUCGGUUCCGGGACAGAUGGCGAGACGCCCAACAGCCACGAGGAGGAGGAGGAGGAGGAGGAAGAGGAGACGUACCCCGAAGGUGGACUGCGCGCAUGGCUUGUUGUUCUUGGAUCUUGGAUGGCGCUCGUGUCGUCCCUAGGUCUCAUGAACACCAUCGGAGUGCUGCAGUCAUAUGUUGCACAAAACCAACUCUCCAGCUACUCUGAGGGCACCGUGGGUUGGAUCUUUUCGAUAUACACCUUUUUGUCCUUUGGAAUGGGGUUGUAUAUUGGCCCUAUAUUCGAUAAAUAUGGGCCACGGUGGCUGAUAUUACUCGGAACUUUGUUGCUGGCCACCGGCACCAUGAUACUCAGCAUAUGCACCGAGUUUUGGCAUUUCGUCGUCGCCUUCAGCCUCGUUGACGGCCUGGGAACCGCUUUCAUGUUCACGCCCGCCAUAACCGCCAUAGGCCAUUGGUUCCGCGACCGCCGGGGCCUGGCGACGGGCAUCGCCUCGACGGGCGGCGGCGUUGGAGGUGUCGUCUUCCCGCUUAUGCUAUCUGACCUCUUCGAGAGGGUAGGUUGGGCAUGGGCGGUGCGCGUGCUGGGUUUCGUGAGCAUCGCGCUGGCCGUGGCCGCCAACUUCCUGAUCCGAUCCCGGCUGCCGCCAGCCAAAAACGCCAGCGCACACCCGGACCCGCGCAUCUUCCGCAACGUCGCCUUUUCGCUGACGACGGCGGGCAUCUUCCUCAUGGAGUUUGCGCUCUUCAUCCCACUGGGCUACAUAUCGCUGUACGCAAAGGCGCAGGGCUUCUCGGCGGCCUUUUCGUUUCAGAUCCUGACGGUGCUCAACGCGGCGUCGGUGCUGGGCCGUGCGCUGCCGGGCUGGUGGGCAGACAUCAUCGGCCCCGCCAACGCAAACAUCAUCGCCAUCCUGCAGUCGCUCAUUGCCUGCCUGGCCAUCUGGCUGCCGGCGGGCGGGACGACGGCGGGCAUCGUCGUCUUUGCGAUACUGUUUGGGUUCGCCAGUGGGACCAACAUCAGCCUCACGCCGCUCUGCAUCGGGCGGCUGUGCAAGACGCAAAACUACGGCCGCUACUACGCCACGGCCUACACGCUCGUGUCUUUUGCCUGCCUGGUCGGCAUCCCCAUCGGCGGCAACAUCCUGGCCGCAUGCGGUGGCGACUACUGGGGCUUGAUUGUCUUUACGGGCUUGCUGUAUCUGCUGUCGCUCGUCUUUUUCGUGGCGGCAAAGGUUUAUUCUGUAGGGUGGAAGCCUUGGGUCUUCUUUUGA